GAGACAGCCAAUGGCGCCUGCCUGCCACAGCGGUUCAAUGGUGGCACAACUGUGGGGAGCUGCUUCCUCGCCCGGAGCACAACGCCCGGCCGACCCAGCACCUGUUGGGUUUUGUCCCAUGUUGCGCCUGCCUGCCUUCAGACGGUCCUUCCUCAAACUGCCCGAUCUGCUAAGUCGUGACGUCAGCCAAAAUGCAGAAGCACCAUGCCCGAGAGCUCCCGUCAUGGACUGCCAAUACAAAAGAACUAGCAGAGGAUUCCUCGACAGCUUUUGCAAAACAAAACAAGGCAUCCAUAGCCAAACAACAUUCCACCACAUCCAUCUUUUGGUCAUCGCCACUUUCUUCUUGGAGCCUCAUUCUCCCCAGUUUAGCAACUAGCAGCUGUUACAAUCCAUUUCGUAUUCCAGCUUCGACAUCCUCGCAUCUCGCUCCUCACCUCGCCCUCACUCAGUCAUCAUGCUUCUUCUAGGCCGCGGCCUGUUCGGCCAUCGUAGCCAACCGGUAGAGGCCUACAGCAUGGCGAAGCGUCCGCGUUUCGGCCUGUGGCUCAAGCAUACCUGGCUCGACAUUCUCACCAUGGCCCUUUUGGGUGCGCUCGGCCUCGGAAUCUACAUGCUGCGCCCGUUACCCAACCGGUCCUUCCCCGUGGCGUAUGCCUCCGGCGAGCCUGUUUACCCCCAGUUCGCCUAUCCACUUCGCAAAGAAGUCAUUCCCAUAUGGCUGGCCGCUUUGUUGGCCUCCCUCGUCCCUAUCCUGUUCUUCGCCCUGAUGCAGAUCCGCGUCCGCUCCUUCUGGGACUUCAACAACGCCGUCAUGGGUCUCCUCUACUCCCUCAUCACGGCUGCCGUCUUCCAGGUAUUCAUCAAGUGGCUCAUCGGCGGCCUGCGCCCCCACUUCCUGGACAUCUGCAAGCCAGAGCCGGCCUUGCAGCAAGGCAACGGCUUCCACGGACUCUACUACACACGCGAGAUCUGCACUGGCGACGAGAAGCAGAUCAAUGACGCACUGGAGGCUUUCCCCUCUGGUCACACCACUGCAGCCUUUGCCGGCUUCGUCUUCCUAUACCUGUAUCUCAACGCCAAGCUCAAGGUCUUCUCCAACUACCACCCCUCCCUGUGGAAGCUGGCACUGAUCUACGCCCCCAUCCUCGGUGCUGUCCUUAUCGGGGGCGCGCUCACCAUCGACAAGUUCCACAACUGGUACGAUAUCCUCGCCGGCGCCGCCAUCGGCACCACCUUUGCCUUUAGCGCCUACCGCAUGACAUAUGCCGCCGUCUGGGACUGGCGUUACAACCACAUCCCUCUCAGCCGCGUCGCGCCCUACGAUUACGGUGUUGGUGGCAUCGGUUCCGCGGAGCUUCCCACGUAUGCUGUCGCCACUCGCAAGGCCAACUGGGGCGAUUCCGACGGCGCCACGGGCGCUCUCGGCACCAAGGAGGCUGGAAACAACCUUGGAAGUCACUCCCCUUCUGCCGUCGCACCUCCUUCCGCUGAUCCCCACGGAAGCUCUGUCGCCGGCCGUGGAGCCGCGCCUCCCUCCCACCCUCCCACCGGAUCCACGGAUGGAGCUUUCAUGCAGUCUAGAAGGCCUGUCGGAGCCCCUGCUAGAGAUGCGGGCAACAUGGUGUAAGACUUGCUGGGUGGCUGGAUAGAAAAUUGAGACCAUCACCUUGAGUGUCGUUAGCAUAGGCAUCAACGCGCCGAUCCCACGCGCGUCUAAUAAAAAGGUUAUUUUUGCGGUA